AUGGAGGAGUCCGCGCCCAAGCGACGGCGCGUCUCCCCGCGCUCCUCUGCCGCAGCCGCCACACCACCUUCAGAGCAAGCUCCCGCGCCGCGACGAAAACGCCCGUCCUUUGCGUCGCCGACCAAGGCCAGUCUCUCGCGUCACAAUCCACAGAUACUGGAACGCCGUCGGUCUGCUUCUCCGGCGAAACCGACCGCGACCGCAGGUCCCAGCACGAGCGCACGACCUGCAGCGCGCCGUGGGAGCGACGCCAGUGAACAGAGCAUUUCGGAGCUCUUGCGGGCGCAAAACGAGGCGGAUGCGAACGCGGAGGAUAUUCUGGCCAGCGACCCGCCGGUUGAGGAGGAUGCGACGCGUCUGAGCGAGGCCGGGCCGAGCUCCGGCCGCUCUGUGAGGAGGACGAGAGGAGGCUUGGCCGCAGCACCGCGAAGGUCUCCGGCGAAACCGAUUCCUAGACCGCUGCCACCACCGGCACCGGAAGGCGACGACGAGCUGAACCCGUUCAUCGGACACACGCUGCGGCGGUCGCCAACCACGGGCGUCAGCAUCCCGCCGCAGCCCGAACCUGAGCUCCCGCCUGUUGUUCCCGAUGCGGUGUCGUCGACGCCGCCACGAGGCAUCCAUAGCAGCCCCUCGCGAUGGAGGAUGCGGGACAGGCCCAAGAAAAGCUCACCUUUGAAACCAGCGCCCGAGAGGCCAGCCGCGGGUCCUAGCAAGAAGCUGUUUGCGCGUGCACCCACACGACCGACCGAGCCGCUGCGCGACUCGACGCUGGACCCAAACACAAGCUCUUCGCGUCAGGUUCCUGUCUUCGACCCGCUCGGGAAUAAGAAGAAGGAAAGGGAUGCGCUGCAGGCGGAAAUUUCCAAACUCAAACAAGACUUGGAAGCGGCAAACAGGGAGAACGAGCGCAUUCGUCUGAUGCAGGCCUCAGGUCGCACAGUGACGGCGACCAACGAGGCCGGCGUGUUGGACUUGGUCCAGCGAUCGCUCAUGGCAUCGGAGAACGCGCCUCGACCGACUGCUGCCCAGCAAUUGGUUCAAGCUGCACUGAACCCGAUCGGGCUUUUACCCUUUGGGAGAUCAACUCCAAUCGCAUCUUCUACGGCAGAGGACGACAACGAGCUUGCCAACAUCAAGUCACACCAUCCGAUUCCUUUGAGUGCCGACGAAGAGCUGCCUUAUCUGGAGCUGUUCAGCCCCUUCAGCAUUACAUGUACCAUCGCGGUCCUGCCUCCGCUGCCAGAGCACCCCCUUCGACAGCGUCGGCUCAUGACACUUCGGUCACGAGAUAUCCCCGGGCUGUUCACCGCAAAGCUGGAGAUGGUUGUCAACGCCAUGAGCCUCAGCAUCCUCGAACUUGCGGUAGUUGCCCUGGAGCCGUCGGCCAAGUUCGAGCUGGAGCCAUUCGUCGACAAAAUAUGUUCCGGGAAGUGCAACAGGACGAUGCAGCGCAACGUGGGCAUUCUGUCCUGGGCCAUGGGCGAGUGGUACCGCGUGGCUGUUCAGAGAGCCAAAUUCUGGUGUGGCCUCGAGCGGCGACUGGGCACGAAAGAGAAACUGCUAGAGGCAGCUGCCAAACGACGCGAACGGCGACGGCGGAAGGAUGACGAAGACGAAAAUGACGGAGCAGAUACACAGCCAGAGGUCUGCGAAUUGUCAGACUUGGUGCGGCUUCUCGGCCGCCAAUCGUAUGAACUAAGUAUACCGUCUCUAAGCUCAGACGAUUCGUCGCUGCGAUUGGAGUGGAGGAUCGGCUUUGACUGGACUGGCGAAGCGCAGAGUAAAGCUGCUAUCCUUGUUGGAGUACCAGGCAAAUGGCGAGAGGCAGAUCAGCGGGGCAUGCUCGGCAAGUUGCCCGCCCUGUUCAGAGAUCUGGUGGACAGCGGCCAGGAAGCCGAGUCAGCUGUGGAAACAGUAGCUGCGCUCUUGGUUGGAGCAUAG